GGACACUGGCUGCUGCGUCUGUCGGGUGGAGGAGUGCAAGAAGCGUUGCCGGGGCGUGGUGGGGGGCGAUCUGUAAUGCGAUGAUGAGGCAGCGGCGACCUGUCGGAGGUGUACGAGUAAACGACGAGCUCGGCCGGCCUGCGAGUUUUGCCGGCGCCGAUGCGACAGGGAUAUCUCGCGGGGACUGGAGCUUGCGCUUGCGCCCGUAGCUUCGCCCUCACCAUCUUUCCCACCGCAAUCUGCAUCCGCUCGCCUCCCACCGCCUUGACCCCGGCACGCGUCCCGUUUUCGCGUUGCCCAGCGCUGCCGUAUCCUCUUGCAUCCCUCGGCAUUUUAUUGCACGCCACCUCGGCCCGUAACGUGCGACUGCGACUGCGCGGCGUCGCCCACCCACUGUGCGCCCGCCAUGGACAACGCCGAUGCCGCGCCUCCCACGGCCUCCAACUCCCUUAAUGGGACGGGCUCGCAGCCCAAGAAGGUCGCCUACUUUUACGACUCCGAUGUGGGCAAUUACGCCUACGUCUCUGGCCAUCCCAUGAAGCCCCACCGGAUACGAAUGGCGCACAGCUUGAUCAUGAACUAUGGCCUGUACACCAAGAUGGAGAUUUACCGCGCGAAGCCCGCCUCCAAGUACGAAAUGACGCAGUUCCACACCGACGAGUACAUCGACUUCCUCCACAAGGUCACGCCCGACAACAUGGACAAUUUCUCCAAAGAGCAGAGCAAGUACAAUGUCGGCGAUGACUGCCCCGUAUUCGAUGGCCUCUUCGAGUUCUGCGGCAUAAGCGCCGGCGGUACGAUGGAGGGUGCCGCGCGCUUGAACAGAGGCAAAUGCGACGUGGCGGUCAACUGGGCUGGUGGCCUACAUCACGCGAAGAAAAGCGAGGCCAGUGGAUUCUGCUAUGUUAACGACAUCGUCCUCGGAAUCAUUGAACUCCUGCGUUACAAGCAGCGCGUACUCUACAUUGAUAUUGAUGUGCACCACGGAGAUGGUGUCGAAGAGGCUUUUUACACGACCGAUCGCGUCAUGACCGUCUCCUUCCACAAGUAUGGCGAAUACUUUCCUGGUACCGGCGAGCUCAGAGAUAUCGGAGUCGGUGGCGGCAAGCACUACGCCGUCAACUUCCCGCUGCGUGAUGGUAUCACCGAUGAGACGUACCGCGACAUCUUCGAGCCCGUCAUCGAGGCCGUCAUGACCUACUAUUGCCCCGAAGCCAUCGUCCUCCAGUGCGGUGGCGACAGUCUGUCUGGUGACAGACUUGGUUGCUUCAACCUUAGCAUGGACGGUCACGCCAAUUGCGUUCGCUAUGUCAAGAGCUUUGGAAUACCCGUCAUCGUGCUCGGUGGUGGUGGUUACACCAUGAGGAAUGUGGCGCGAACCUGGGCAUAUGAGACUGGCCAGCUAGUGAACAAGCACAUGGAGAAGCAGCUACCUUUUAACGACUACUACGAGUACUUUGCUCCGGAUUACGAGCUAGAUGUCCGCCCGUCGAACAUGGAAAACGCCAACUCGACUGACUAUCUCCACAAAAUUAAGUCAUCUGUAAUUGACAGCAUUAGGCGAACCGGAAAGCCGUCGGUAGAGGCUUUUACGAACAUCCCUGAUAACCCUCCCCAGCUUGCUGGCUACGACUCCGAUGCUGAAGAGGAAAUGAACGACCUCGAUGCAGACGAGAACCCCGAUGUGCGUUCUACGCAGCGCCAGCGCGAUCAACAGAUCGAGGCCGAGGGAGAACUUUACGAUCCGAGCGACGACGAAGAAUACAAGAAUGGGCUUGGAGUGCGACGACAGCCAGGCGCUAGAAGGAAGCGCAACAUCAUGGACUUCCAGAACCCUAACGCAGACGAAGGUGCAGAGACUCCAGAUGGCACUCGCGGCCUCAACGGAGAGCCUGCGCGGCGCCGAAGAUCUGUUUCGGGGGCCUCGUCUGCCCAGCCUCCUAAUGGCACCGCGUCACGGACCCGGACGCCCGCCAUUCCUGCAACUGCUGACGAAGAUGCCGAUAUCGAAAUGGAAGAGGCAGAGGGGGCUACGAUUCCUGCCUCGGCUGUCCCUGCUGAGCCUGUCCCGGCUACUGCUUCAAGGACACAGUCGCCACCAGCGGUGCCAACCCCCCCUGAGUCGCCUGCUGCACAACCGGCCGCGGCGGCAGCUACCACUGCAGACGUGGAGAUGGAAGAAGCGGCCGAAGACCAGGCGGAAGCUGCUGACGAGGCCAAAGCCAAGGAAGAAGGCCAAUCGGAGAGAGAUACUGAAAACGUCAAGGGCGAGGUGCGCGCGGAGCUUGCCAAGGAAGACUCGUAGGAGAAAACAAGAUACAGAAUAUGGCUCUCUAGGCCUCAUACAUGACAGCAGGGCGUUAUGGGGUUGGGUGUCUGCUGCGAUACCUAUUUGCUCAUUUUGAUUUUCGAAAGGGGGCAGAAUUCUUGCAUGUAGCACAGGUCUUGCAAACUAAACUCAUUGUUGCAGUCAGUCUACGUGGUCAUAGACCGCAAAGAAUACCAAUACUGAAAUGCC